AGUGCAGAGUGGAUUGUUGUGGCGUUGAGACGCAUUACGUGUGUUCAGUGCUGAAAAAAGGGAAGAAAAUUGCCCCCAAGAAAAAGGCUAGAAAAAAACAGUGUUCAAGUGCGUGAAGAAUACAGUAAAAUGCAGUUCAAUAACAAUAAAGGUGAAUGUGAAUUUCCGUUUGUGAUUGAGAAAAUUGAUCCGGAUCUCAACCAGCAAAUGCUCAAUGACUUCAAAGGAGAAAAAACUGGCUUUGUGCAGGUUGGCCAGGAGAAAUGGUUCUUUCCCAGUCAGUACAUGGAAAUGGCGCAGCAUUUCUACGAUUUCCAGGCACGUCCUGAUGAUAUCUGGGUGGUUACAUUUCCUCGUUCAGGGACCACAUGGACGCAGGAGCUGGUGUGGAUGAUAGCUAAUAAUCUGGACUACGAGGGAGCUCAGAGAGAGCCCCUUACCAAGCGUUUUCCUUUCUUUGAAUUUGCUGCUUUCUUCCAUCCAGGCUUAAAGGCUGAACUGAUGGAACUCAAUGGGGAUUCAGCCCAGGGACAGGCUUUUGUGGAGGAGAUUUCAGUGCCGGCAUACAAGUUCCUGCCACACAUCACCGGUAGGCGUUUUAUCAAGACACACUUUCCCUUUUCUCUACUUCCACCGAGUGUCUUGGAGUCUGGAGCUAAGGUGAUCUAUGUGGCCAGGAAUCCACGGGAUGUGGCAGUUUCUUUCUACCAUUUGAAUCGUCUGUACAGAUCUCAGGGAUAUAUUGGGGAUUUUUCCACCUAUUGGGGGUAUUUUGAGAGAAAUCUUGCACCAUGGAUGCCCUACUGGAGUCACAUCCGGGAAGGUUGGGAGCAUAGGAAUCAUCCAAAUGUUUUAUUUAUGUUCUACGAAGAUAUGAAUCGUGAUCUCUCAGCCACAAUUCGACGAGUGGCUGGCUUCCUGGGGAAAUCUUUCUCAGACACCGAUGUUGAACGUCUCCGGAAGUACCUGAGCAUUGAGGAGUUCAGGAACAAUGAAUCUGUCAACUGCAGUGAACUCAAGGCAAUUCAUCUGCUGAAGAAUGGGGAACAGGGAUUUGUGAGGCGUGGAAAAAGUGAUGGAUGGAGUGAGGAAUAUACGCCAGAAUUGAAAGAGAGGGUUACCAAGUGGAUUCUGGAGAAUUCAAAAGAUCUCCCAUUUAAAUUUCCUUGCGAUCUUGUGUAAAAAAAUGCAUUUUUUUUGUGGAAUAAAUGGUUUUUUAUUUA